UACGACGUUGUCUCUCAAGAGGCGGAUUCCUGCUGGGCAGAGAGUGAAUGAACUAUUAUUUAUCAAGUGUAAAUCUGGGGAUGGAUACGUUUGCGGGGCCUAGCAUUCCGAGUGUGGAGCUAGUGAAUGGGUUGAAAAUCCCAAUACUCGGUCUUGAUUGGUCAGCAACAUCGGCGCAGCAGCAGGAGUAAGCCACAUGAAAAAUGGCAGAAGCAGCUUGUCAUGGCACAUCACAUUAUGGUGGCUAUUCCCAUUCUUCAGUUGUGUAUGCCCUAAAAGAAUGUGGCAUUCGUCACAUUGACACUGCAAAACGAUAUGGCUGUGAAUCGCAUCUAAAGAAAGCAAUUGAAGAGAGCAGAAUAAAUCGAGAGGAUUUGUGGUUAACUACAAAACUUUGGCCUGGGGACUAUGGCUAUGAAACCACUAAAGCAGCAUGUCUGGAGUCCUGCAAAAGACUUGGUGUGGAUUACGUUGAUCUGUAUCUCAUGCACUGGCCUGAUGGAAAUGCCUUGGGCAAAACUAAUCGAGAACUCCGAGCUGAAACUUGGCAGGUAUUGGAAGAACUGUAUGAUGAAGGGAUAUGUCGAUCCAUUGGCGUGAGCAAUUUCCUCAUUUCUCAUUUAGAGCAGCUGAAGGAAGAUUGUGACAUCAUCCCACAUGUCAAUCAGGCUGAAUAUCAUCCUUUCCAAAGGCCACAAGAACUAGUGGACUACUGUAGAAGCCAUGGAAUAGUCUUUGAAGGGUACUGCCCACUAGCUAAAGGACAGGCCUUGUCACAUCCUGACAUCAUCAAAAUGUCAGAGAAAUAUAACUGCUCACCCUCUCAAAUCUGUAUCCGUUGGAGCAUACAAAAUGGAGUUGUCACCAUUCCGAAGUCUACCAAGAAAGAGAGGAUUUGGGAAAACUGUCAGGUCUUUGAUUUUUCACUCAACAAAGAAGACUUGAUAUUUAUGAACUCACUGAAGAAUACUAAAAAGCUGAUUACACUGAACUAUCCUUUAUGGAAGGAACAGAAACCUCAAUGAGAAGCAACUAUUGUCAAAAAGGAUCUUUCUCAGUAAAGUGAACAUGUCCAAUGAAAACUCAGAAACAGUUUUACAUCUACAAUGAGUUGUAUAAGCAAACUGACAUUUAUUGAGGAUUUUAUUUGUUUCAAUUAAAUGCUCCACUUGAUCAGUUAUAUAUUUACCAGGAAAAGAGCACUCCACGAAAGUUUCAUAAGAUUCACAUUUGUGCCCUCUUCCAAAUAUCAAGUGAUUUCUACAUUUAAACUUGAAGUUUGCAUUAAUCCAUAUCUUUUGCUUAACUAAUUAGCAUUGAGAAUUAAAGAUUAUUUAAUUCAGACACUCAGUGCAGUAUACUGUCCACAUCAUUUCGUCUUAAUUUCAUCUACUUGAUGCAAGUAAUAACCCAUGCUGAAAUGUACUUGUGCAAAUAGAGAACGGUUACUACAUUUACCCCAAUAUAUGGAGUGGCAGUUGAGAAAUUAAAAGUGAGGAAAAAGACACAUGAUCAUUUUAAACUUAUGGUUAACCUGAGGCUCUGAGACAGCAAAGUCAGAUUCACAGGAAUAAUCUUCUGUGCACCAUCCUUUUUAUUUUGUAUUCAGAAAAUCAUCUUAUGCUGUUUCCCCUAGUUUUACUGCCUUUUUGAAUGCAUAACAGCUGAAUUAUGCAACAGGACAUAGAAUGUUUAAAUGUACCAAAAUCAACCUUGUUACUUCUUUGUAUUUUUUUCAUAGAAUUUCUGGAACUUGGCUCUGAGAGUAACUCCCUGAUAAUCAUUUUUGUAACCAAGCACAUCAUGUCAAAAAUUAGAAAGCCUGUAACUAUAUCCUGGAAUAAGUACUUGAAUUGUAAAUUAUAUUAAAUUAAAAUGUUUAUACAUACUUAAA